AUGGCCACCCAACUGCUGGCGGCGGCGCCUCCAUCCACGACCUCCGCCGACGCCAACGGCGCCACCAUCACCGCCGCUGCAGCCGCCGCCACCACCACCUGCAUCUCCUCCACCUCCACCGCCACCACCAUAUUCUCCCUCACCGAAGACGACCUCCGCGAGAUCUUCCUCCGUCUCCCGGACCUCCGGGCCCUCAUCCGCGCCGCGCUCACCUGCCGCCCAUGGCUGCAGGCCAUCCGCUCCUCCCGCCCCUUCCGCCGCCUCUUCCGCGCCCUCCACCCGGCGCCGCUCCUCGGCCUCUUCCUCGAGAUCGGCAACUCCAGCGCCCCCUCCUUCCUGCCCCUUCGCCGAUCCGACCCCGUCGUCGCCGCCGCCCUCCGCCGCGGCGACUUCUUCCUCACCUCGCUCCCGCCCCUGUCCACGGGCUGGGGCUUCGCGGACUGCCGCGACGGCUACGUCCUCCUCUGGAACAUGAUACCCAAGCGGCCCUCGCUCGUCGCCCUCAACCCCGUCACCUGGGCCGUCGACGUCCUCCCGCGCCUGCCCGGCCAGAUCGCCACCGGCAGCCGCCGCGACUUCGCCGUGCUCGGCUUCCACCUGCUGUGCUCCGACGAGAGCCCCUGGUCCUUCCGCGUGGCCUGCGUCUGCGCGGACCAGCGCAGGGCCCGCGUCGCCGUCUUCUCGUCGGAGACCUGGGAGUGGGCCGUGCGGCCGUGGGUGCACGUCGGCGGGAACUGCAGCCUCAAGUACAGGGCCGGCACACUCGUGGGCGGCUCCAUCUUCUGGCCCUACCAGGGCGAAGCGCGCAUGAUAAGGAUCGACACCGCCACCAUGGACAUCUCCUUCCUGGAUCUGCCGCCGCAAGUGGAAGUGGCCGGGUUCAAUUUCGCCGUCGGGGACACCAAGAACGGCGAGCUCUGCAUUGUCUAUGAGUCUGCUUUCUUCCUCCUCACCUGGAUUCGUCGUAGUGUGGACGGCACUGAGGUUUGGGCGCCGCUGACGGUGCUCUCUCUAGGCGAAGAGCUCGACCGGCACACUCUUGCCUCCGUUCUGGACGUGCAGCUCGAUCUCAAGAUUGUGCAAGUAAGGUCUGGACUCGUGCACUUGUCCUCCACGUGCAUGACCCAUGCCGGCACGCUCCACUGCUGGUUCUUCUCCCUUCCAUUGGAGACCAUGGAGCUCGAGCUACUGCUUGAGGGGAGCUUCGAAGGCGAUGUCCAUCUCUACAAUAUGGCCUGGCCUCCUUCUUUGGUCGGUGAUGAUGAGAGCAUUGGACAUGCAUGAUGCUCAAGUUUCUCGCUGAAUUGAGUCUCUGCCUGUUUGUCAUUUGCAAAAGAGGAAAUCUGUGGAUUGUUAAAUACAUUGUUGAUGCAAAAGAAGAAUAUCUGGUUGGUGCUGACAACCUGAAGAUCAUUCCUUAACUCCUUGUAUCUCGAGUAGUACUGUUUGCUUAUUCUCGUAGAAACCUUUUGAUGCUUUAAAACUAUUCGUAUGAUUAAUGCUGGAGCUAAUCAAAUGAAUUUUAUUGGGAGGUUGAAUUAUCUUCUGCUGAAUAGUA